UCCGGGCACACCCCCACCCAGCUUGGCUUCCCCAUUUAUUGGGCAAGAGUGAGGCUGGGCCUGGGGAUCUGGCCAUGGACAAGCUGAGUCUGAAGUUGUCACCAGACACUCCUGAGUGUGCACAGUGAGGACACACCUCACCUGGGAAAGGAUGGACCCCUACGCGGACACCCUGCGGCGGCUGCGGGAGGCCUUCAGCACGGGGCGGACGAGGCCGGCCGAGUUCAGGGCGGCGCAGCUCAAGGGCCUCCGCCGCUUCCUGCAGGAAAACAAGCAGCUUCUGCAGGAGGUGUUGGCGCAGGACCUGCACAAGUCAGUCUUUGAUGCAGACGUAUCCGAGCUCAUCAUAUGCCAGAACGAGGUCGACCUGGCGCUCCAGAAGCUACACACCUGGAUGAAGGAUGAGUACGCGACCAAGAGCCUGGUCUUGUCGCUGGACUCAGCCUUCAUCCGGAAGGAGCCCUUGGGCCUGGUGCUCAUCAUCGCCCCCUGGAACUACCCGGUGCACCUGACCCUGGUGCCGCUAGUGGGCGCCCUCGCUGCAGGCAACUGCGUGGUGCUGAAGCCAUCAGAAUUAAGUAAGGGCACAGAGAAGGUCCUGGCUGAGGUCCUGCCUCGAUACCUGGACCAGAGCUGCUUUGCCGUGGUGCUGGGAGGGCCCCAGGAGACCGGGCAGCUGCUGGAGCACAAGUUCGACCACAUCUUCUUCACUGGGAGCCCCCGUGUGGGCAGGAUCGUCAUGGCUGCCGCCGCCAAGCACCUGACGCCCGUCACGCUGGAGCUGGGGGGCAAGAACCCCUGCUACGUGGACGACGACUGCGACCCCCAGACCGUGGCCAACCGCGUGGCCUUUUUCCGCUACUUCAACAGCGGCCAGACCUGCGUGGCCCCCGACUACGUCCUGUGCAGCCCGGACACGCAGGAGCGGCUGCUGCCCGCCCUGCAGAGCGCCAUCACCCGCUUCUACGGCGACGACCCCCAGAGCUCCCCGAGCCUGGGCCGCAUCAUCAGCGACAAGCACUUCCAGAGGCUCCGGGGCCUGCUGGGCUGCGGCCGCGUGGCCAUCGGCGGCCAGAGCGACGAGAGCGAGCGCUACAUCGCCCCCACGGUGCUGGUGGACGUGCAGGAGACGGAGCCGGUGAUGCAGGAGGAGAUCUUCGGCCCCAUCCUGCCCAUCAUGAACGUGAGGAGCCUGGACGAGGCCAUCGACUUCAUCAACCGUGGGGAGAAGCCCCUGGCCCUGUAUGCCUUCUCCAACAGCAACCAGGUAGUGACCCAGAUGCUGGAUCGGACCAGCAGCGGCAUUUUCGGAGGCAACCAAGGUUUUGCUCACAUGUCUCUGCCUUCCCUGCCGCUGGGGGGCGUCGGUAACAGUGGCAUGGGAAGAUACCAUGGCAAGUUCUCCUUCGACACCUUCUCCCACCACCGCGCCAGUCUGCUCUCCCCCUCCGGCCUGGAAAAGCUCCAUGAAUUCCACUACCCGCCCUACACCAACCUCAGGCAGCAGCUGACCCCUGGCUGGGCAGGACAUCGGGGCCACAGGACCCACCAUUUUCAGGGCCAAGUCCCAUCUGAAACCCCCCUGACAGACUCAUUGACCUGACCCUCUGCUUGGAUAUGUCUGUGUAUUUACAGAUAUAUGGAUAUCUGUGAUACGGAUAUGUUUGUGUUUACAAAGGACACCUUUGUAUCAGAUCUAUAAUUAGGUUCCCAGAAUACAGAGCCAUGUCUUUUCUUCUUUUAAUAGAAAGGGAGGGGAUGGGGAGCCAUGGUGGGGAGGCAGCCCAUGGGUUGGGGCUGCUGGGGAGGGGUCCUCAGAUCAGCCUUGGGCCAAAACCUGCUGCCACGGCCACCUCCAACUCCCCAAUCUGGGCUAUUGCCAGGAGGACCCCCAAAAUACAGAGCGAUUUCUAACAGCUCCAUUCACACCUGGUUUGGGGAGCUGGUUUGUGUGACCUGAAGUGAUCCGAUCUUGAGUCCAGAUCUGACAAAUGGCUGAUGUCACCCUGACGUGUGUGUGUCCCUGGCAAGGACUCCGACGCUCUGGGUGCUUGGAAUCAAUAGGAGAGAGUGCAAAGUUUGAUUAGUCAUGUCUGCUAGGGGCACAGGAUGGGGUCGUGCCCAUUUUGGACGGGUCUGUCAUCCUGCCGUGCACUCCCAGAAGGAGGUCGUGGCGGGCAGAGUUUAAAUCUAGCCACUUUCUCUGACAUAUGGGGAAACUGAAAUCUAGAGACAGGACAGGGUUGAACUGAGUUUAUACAGGAAAGCAGAGCAAAGCUGAAUGAUGAGGGGGUUUUCUGAGAAAUAGGGAGGUGGGGGGAAUCAGUUAGCAGAACAGAUCUAGUCCACUGCUCUUUCCCUAGUCCUCGCCCUGAGAGCCCACGUCCAACCUCCCCUACUCUUUCUCAAAGAAGGUACUUAACAGGGACUUGUUGAGAGGUAUGAACACACGAUAUUCUAUUUGGGUAAUGGCACAGGUGCUCCUUAGAAGACAGUCCUAAGGUCUAAGGCCAUUUUAUUUCAGAGGAUAGCUCUUCUCAGCAGAGACAUGUCAAGGAAGGACAGGCUUCAUUGGUUAUCACAGGGCUUGCUGAUUGAAUUUGGUAGAGGUUUCCAUGUGUGCUACAAUGUCCUCUAAAUCAAUGAAGGGAACAGAGACAGAAGCCAAAUGAUCGGACUAGUGGGAAACAGAAUGUGCCCAUGGGCCCAGAGGAGGGGGAGGUUGGCAGCUUUAGAAAUUUGACCUGGUUGUGCGUUCCAUACCUGCUGCUGGGGGAGGCAGCUCCGUCAGGCAUGGGGGAGGGACUGGGGGGUGGCUGUGCGAGACCAGGAUCCCACCUUCUCCCCCACCCCUUUUUAAAAAGAUUUUAUUUG